AUGAUUAGGAAAUACAAUGGUCCACACACAUGUACAGAGUCCACGCUCACACAAGAUCACGAGCAAUUAGACACCCAUGUUAUUGAGAAAGAGUUGAGGGAUGUUGUCAAAAAUGAUCCAAUCAUAAAAAUUGCUUCACUUCAACAGACUCUUUACAAUAAGUACCAAUACAGGCCUUCUUAUUUUAAGGUGUGGGAGGCAAAAGAGAAAGCAAUUGGUAGAGCGUUUGGUGAUUGGGACAAAUCUUACCAAUUAUUGCCAAAAUGGUUGAAAGUUUUGACUGAUUCAAACCCGGACAGCAGGGUUAUUUGGAGAACAAUACCUGCUACUAUGCCAGACUGUGCGAUAUUCGAGAGAGUGUUCUGGGCUUUUGGUCCAUCAAUUGAAGGUUUUCAACAUUGUAGGCCAGUAAUUAGUAUUGAUAGAACUUUCCUAUAUGGUAAGUAUAAAGGUACGUUACUGAUUGCAUCAACGUGGGAUGGUGACAACAGACUUUUUCCACUUGCCUUUGCCAUUGUAGAGAAGGAAACUGAUGAUAGCUGGUAUUGGUUUUUGCAUUGUAUUCAGAUUAAUGUCACUAAUCGGGAAGGGUUAUGUGUCAUAUCUGAUCGUCAUCCUGGUAUAAUGGCAGCGAUACGGACUAUAUGUCAAUCGACACGUUGGUAUCAUCGUUUUUGCCUUUGCCAUGUGGCUAGCAAUUUCAAUCAACAAAUUGGGAAUAAAAACUUGAAGGCUAUGGUAAUGUGGGCAGGCAUGGAGAAUCAGUUACGAAAGUAUCAAAUCACAAGGGAUAGAAUUACUCAAUUAAGUGCAGAUGGUGAGAAGUAUUUAAGGGAAAUACCGAUGGAAAAGUGGACGUUAGCAUACGAUGGUGGACAUUGUUAUGGGGCAAUGACCACAAACUUGUCUGAAAGCUUCAACGGAAUUCUAAAGAGUGCUAGAAAUCUGCCCAUAAUUGCAUUAGUUGAACUUACAUACUAUCGUUGUGUCGCCUACUUUGCUGAUCGGUAUACUAAGGCAUGUGCAGGGGUUACUGCCGGUGAACGCAUUAUGGCCUAUGCAAAGAAUAAAUUCAAUAAAUGGGAAAAAAAAGGCACCAAAGCAUUCAGUUACUGUGUUCAGUCAUGA